CAGUGUUGGGCAGCGACUGGAGUCCGAAUCUGUGACACGCGCAGAUGGGAAGAAACACAAGUCGCCUCCUCCGCCGCCGCCGUUGAUGAUGGGCAGCAAUCCUCCCGAGCACGGGACCAAGCCGAGAUCCACCAGACCCCACAGACAACAGAACCACCGAGUGGUGCGCAAGCAGCCGCCGCGACCGGCCGUCAGCAGCGACCGCCACAACAUCUACAUCACCAGCAAGACGGAUUUCAAGGCCCAGCAGCGCCGCUGCGAGGAGCUGCUGAACUCCGGUGCCCGCGAGAUCUUCCUGCACUGCAUGGGCUUCUCGGUCACCCGCGGCCUCAAUCUCGCCCUGCGCCUCGUCCACAACUCGGAGGGCGCCCUCAGCUACGCGAUCAACACGUCCACCGUCCACCUGGUGGACGAGCUGCAUCCGCUGAGCGAUGACCAGGACGUAACCUUCCGGCAGCGCAACAACUCGGCCCUGCACAUCAAGAUCUUCAAUCGCAGCCUCUUCGACAUCGUUGUGCCGCAGCCCUCGCAGUCCCAGAACCAAUCCCUUGGCCAAUUCCGGGGCAAACCGAAGCCCAGGCAGUAG